AUGCUGGGUUGUAAACUAGCAAGUUCUCCUAUUGAGCAAAAUCAUAAGCUAGGAGAGGAUUGUGUGCCUUCCCUUAUUGAUGCAGGGAAAUACCAGAGGCUAGUGGGGAAAUUGAUUUAUCUGUAUCUGACUCGUCCAGACAUUUCUUAUGCAAUGAGAGUUGUGAGCCAGUUUAUGCAUGCACCCAAGAGUGGGCACUUGGACGCUGUGUACUGUAUCCUCAGAUACUUUAAGUCCUCUCCAGGAAAAGGACUUUUGUAUGCCAAGAACCAUCACUUGAGGAUUGAAGGCUAUUCCGAUGUUGAUUGGGCUGGAUCCAUUUUUGACAGGAGAUCUACAUCUGGUUAUUGCACAUUCGUGGGUGGCUACUUGGUUAUAUGGAGAAGUAAGAAACAGCCGGUUGUAGCCAGAUCCAGUGCAGAGGCCGAGUACAGAGCAAUGGCUCAUGCUGUUUGUGAGCUCACUUGGUUGUGUUGGUUGGUUCUUGAGUUGGGGUAUGACAUUGAAUGA